ACACAGUAGGCCACAGCAUGCACAGAAAAUUCAAAUCCCUUCAACGGUUCGAAUUCUAAGCGAGAAGGGAUUUUUACGGAGAAAAUGUUUAACGUGAAAAAUCGAGUUAGAAUGAAAUCGUGUACAAGUAUAUGGUUAUGGCUCGCAGUUUUGUUGUUUUCAGUUCAAUCUUUGGGAUCUGAGAGGACUGACGUGGCAUACGUGACUCUAUUGUACGGAGAUGAAUUCUUGUUGGGCAUUCGAGUUCUGGGAAAAUCUAUACGGGACACUGGAUCCAACAAAGACAUGGUCGUUUUGGUCUCUGAUGGUGUCUCUGAUUAUGCCAAUAAUGUUCUCGAGGCUGAUGGGUGGAUAAUUGAGAAGAUUAGUUUGCUGGCCAAUCCUAAUCAAGUACGUCCAACGAGAUUUUGGGGUGUCUAUACAAAGCUCAAAAUAUUUAACUUGACUGACUACAAGAAAGUUGUUUAUCUUGAUGCUGACACUAUUGUGGUUAAGAAUAUUGAAGACCUAUUCAAAUGUGGGAAAUUCUGUGCUAAUUUAAAACAUUCUGAGAGGUUGAAUUCAGGAGUCAUGGUGGUCCAGCCAUCUGCUGCCGUUUUCAAUGACAUGAUGAGUAAAGUAAACACUCUGCCAUCUUACACUGGAGGGGAUCAGGGAUUUCUCAAUUCAUAUUACUCUGGAUUUCCCAACGCACAUAUUUUUGAGCCAAAUUUGACCCCCGAAAUGUUGGAAAAUAGACCCGUUCCUGAAAUGGAGCGACUUUCCACUCUUUAUAAUGCAGAUGUUGGUCUUUACAUGCUGGCUAACAAGUGGAUGGUAGAUGAGAAUGAACUCCGCGUGAUUCACUAUACACUUGGCCCUCUUAAACCUUGGGACUGGUGGACAUCUUGGCUAGUGAAACCUGUUGAUGUCUGGCAGAAUGUAAGGGAACAACUGCAGGAAUCCCUUCCUGGAACUAAAGGGGGCCAAAAUCCUAAAGAUUAUUUUCUUGUAAACUUUCUUUUUCUGUUACCAUUUUGUGCUGUGCUGUUCUUCAGCUAUCGUUCAUUUCUAAAGAAUCAAGGGUACUAUGGUUCCUGUUAUAGAAACUCACGUGAUCAUAUCAGGCAACUUUAUUACAGGAUUAAAUCAGGCGGGCCAAUUGUAUAUGCUCCUAUUUCUUCCUCAACUAUCAGUUCCACUCAUCAGCUCAUAGAAGGUGCUCAGAACAAGGUGCCUGCAUAUUUGGACAUUAUUUCUGUCUGUGUCUGUUUGUUGGCUGCAGUGGCGUCUCUUGGACUAGCUUUCUUGAUAGUACCUCGGCAAGUGGCUCCAUGGACUGGUUUUCUUUUGGUGUAUGAAUGGAUAUUCACAAUCUUCAUUACAUUAUUUGGGAGUUAUCUCAAUUUGAUUUAUCAAUGGGGAAAAAUUCUGGCAUCCCAUACGCCUUCCUCGUUUACUCAUCCCGAAUCUUCUGAUGAGGAUUCUGGAAAAGGUCACCAGCGUCAGAUGUCAUCAUGUAAUGCUGCUACGUGGUUCUAUGGUUUAGGGAUGGCCCUCUUGGCCAUUGCUGCUCCCUGUUUGCCUUUUAUUUUUGGGAUCACUGCAUUGUUUUUACGGUUAGGUUUGAUGGUUGUCGGUGGCGUAAUAUUAGUAUCUUUCAUGACAUACUCUUCGGAACAUCUUGCUAUCAGAUCAUUUGUGAAAGGGUUUGAAGAGAGGGAUGUCGCACGCAAAGCAAGCUUCUGCUGUUGAUUGAAUUCUUUGAGACAGGUUAUAGUUUUGUUGGUGCGCAUCACUUUCCACCAGGUGGGACACAUGGCAACCAACUCAUAUAUUUAAUAAAGAAAAAACGUAGAUAAUGGACAAAUUGAAGGUGAGUUGACGGGAAUUAUUAUGCUUAUCCUGAAGUAAAAGUGUGGCAGAUGAAAUUUACUGAUUAAUUAUUGGAGAAAACUAUAGAUAUGUGCCUUUUAUUUGUCUUUACUCGGAAAGAGAACUACUAACUUGCUGAAUUUAUUAUUUCCCCCCAGUGCAUGUAAGUUCGCAGUGGGGCUUAAUCUUCAUUUUCUAUUGUUAAUCCGAUUAUAAAGUUUGAUGAAGAUUUACCUCAGAUCGUUCAGGGCCAUUUAUUAUGAACUCAAGUGAUAUAAUUGUUAGAAGUUUGACCAGAUCAACCAGUUUGAUUUGUUCUCUUAAUUAGCAUUUUGAAAAUAAAAAGUAAUAAGAAUAUGAUAAUUGCAAAGACUUUUAUGACUUGAAGAUACAAAAAUACCAUUUUUGUACGGCAUGAUUGUUCAUCAGAAGCGAACGUGAAACACUCUUAACCGUAGCUUUAUGAAGUAAUUUGAAGUAUCAAAUUAUUCAAAUCAGACAUCAUGAAUUUUCAACUUGCGCCAAAAUACAAAAUAGAAUUUAUCACAGCAAUAUGAGUUGCAGCUAACUUUCAUAGAACUCAAAAGCCUCUCUGCAGAUGCUGCUAAUUGUAACAGAUGUUUAAUACAUUUCAGGCCAGAUAGAAAUUUUAUAGCAAAAACAAUUCUAGGAAAGAAUAUUUUUUUCUGUAAGUUAAAAUUAAAGUUAAAAACAUUUUAGAGAAGCUAAUACGAGUUGGUUAAUAAUAAUUAUUCUAUAUAUAAACUAAUUUUAACCAAUGAAAAGUUGAUUUUAUUUUUUUAUUUGUACAAAAUUUUAUCUAGAUAGAUUCUACCUUCCACAAGAAAAAAAGUCUAAUACUUCCUUUUGAACUUAGAAUCAUCAGAUUAUUUCAUUAGAUCUGAAGCAAGGGGUAGAUGCAUGAUACAUGCUUUACAUUCAUACUUAACGUAUCUGUGCGUGCUCAAGAAUCUGCCAUUGGAAUUGCAUGGUUUUGAACCAAAAUACAUACAGGUCGUGGCCAGAUGCUUGUGUAAUUUAUUGAUUCUUUUCUUCUUCUGCAAAGCAUGCUCUCAUUUUAUUACUUAGCUCAAGUCAGUAAUCAUUCUAGGUUGUACAAUUGUGCACUACUCCCUAGCCAUUGCAUGUGUGCACACACUGCAACUGCAAUAUCUCAUAAAGGGAGUGACUGUUUCUUUCAAUAAUACAAAGACAUAAAGGAUCAUGUCAUGUGAUUAUAUUCUCAUUGGAAGAGCUUUGAUAAAUCCAGCAAAUAGUAUAUCUGAUUAAUUAAUUUAGAGAAAACAGUAAGCUUUUUUGUUCUUUUUAUUACCAGGCCUUUGCCGGUUGUACAUAAUCAAUACAACAAAGUAAGAAUCCAAACUAAACGAACAGAAAAAAAAAACUGAGGUAUGAUAAAAGUUUCAUACAAGUAGUAGUAUAAAUGCAACUGCUGUGGAGCAGAGAAGGAUAUACAUAACAUAUUGGCCCAGAUGGGUACUAAUUAAACAGAAAGUUCAUGACAUGAUCCAUGCCUUAUUUGAUUCUCAGCAAACCCAACAGCAGAGAGAGAGAGAGAGAUGAAAAGCCAAGCAGCAGACUUGCCUAGAGGGCAGAUUUUCUCAGGUCAAAUGUCCUGAUCAGGUUUCUACUUCCUUUCUUGUGGCAUCAUUUGGCCAUGGCUCCAACAACAGCAGAAAUCCCAGAAGCAUAUUGGAAAAAAGUGGUGGAUUUCUCAACCCUCUCGUCAUGAUCUUCUUCUGAGGACAAUUCUGACGGAGGAGGGGGUAAGGAGAUGAAGAGAAAACAGGGUAGAGUUUCUAGUUAUUCUUUCACUGAGUUAUAUAUUUCCUAGAACAGGGGAAUGGAUGAAACAAUAUUCUCUAUAUUCUAUAUAAAUACAUAAAUGCCAAGGCUCUAUCUAGUUCA